AUGGACGUACAUGAUGGAAGCAUAAGGAACUUACUUAAUGCUAACAAUAACUUACCAGGAACUAUUAAAGCAUUUAUAAAGUCCUUUGUAAAACCCGGUGCUCUAACAUUUAGGUCUUUGAGAGCAAGAGCAUUGAAGUCAAGAGAUGCAGAAACUCCAACAGAACCUACAGAAGAACCACCAAAACCAACAGCUAAUGAAAUAUUGUUCGAAUAUUUUCCAAGGUACUCUGUUCUCAUUGCAUACAUUCAAGAAAUACUUAAGAAAGCAGACUUGACUUUAGGAGAUGAUGAAAGUUCUGUAUAUCUUUCGUUCCAGUUUCAAAUAGCAGAACUUUUGAGACAGAUAUGCUUAAUGUAUGACAACAUCUCUGAUUUCACAAGAUAUGAUGACGACCAUGACCCCGAACACGGUGAAGAAGAAGUUUUACAAACAUCCAUUAAGACAGGAAAGGUUUUAACACAAAGUCUCAUUAUUGACACCAAAGAUGGCGAAGUGGACGUUCUUCAAGAGCUGAAGAAAAAUACUUCUUCGGGAGGUGGUGGUAGGCAUGAACUUGAAAUAAAUGAGAUAGAAGAGAAAUUAGCCGAAAAAGCAGAUAAAGAACAUAAACACAAUAUCUCCGAUAUAAAUGAACUUCAAGCUACAUUAAAUAGUAAAGCGGACAAAAAUGAACUUGACGCAAUGAACAAAGUUUUGAAAUCUCAUAAACACAAUAUCUCCGAUAUAAAUGAACUUCAAGCUACAUUAAAUAGAAAAGCGGACAAGAACCACGUUCAUUAUAUAACUUCAGACGAACAGAUUAUAACGGACUACCAUGGAUAUUUAACACGAAGUGAUGAAGCGAAGACAAAAAAUGUUAAUGAAAGAAGAUAUAAAUACAUUCGUGCUAAAGGUUAUGACAUAAGCUGUACUGUACAGUAUGAUGUAGCUAAAGCACCAGAAGCAUUUGGUUAUACCGGUGAAAUUUAUGCCUCUACUUUCAAUGUUAACGGUGUAUUAGUUGAACCAAGAUUUACUUUGAGAGUUAAGUCAAAAAUAACGUUUGAAGAUGCUAUUAAAAGUAAAGCUGACAAAGUUGAACUUGAAGCAAUGAACAAAGUUUUGAAAUCUCAUAAACACAACAUCUCCGAUAUAAAUGAACUUCAAGCUACAUUAGAUAAGAAAGCCGACAAGAACCAUACACAUAAAUCCUUCACUACU